AUGGUAAUACAAUCACAAAAGAAAGCCGCCGCGAAAAUAGCAGCAGAUCAUGAGGGCAAGCAAGGACAGUCACUGCUGUCGAAGGCGUUGACACCGGAAUUUGAUUGGAGUGAUAAGGAUGAGUUUUUGGAUGUCAUUUACUGGAUGAGGCAGAUCAUGGGUCUUCUGCUAGGACUUGUCUGGGGCCUCAUUCCGUUGAAAGGGCUUCUGGCGCUAGCUUUAUUUCUGCUAGUCAACGUUGCCAUAGUCUACGUGUAUUACAACACUUUCCAGAAAGUGGACGAGGAAACCUACGGAGGUACAAUGGAGAUACUCAAAGAGGGAUUGAUGACAUCAUUUUCUUCCUUUCUGGUUGCUUGGAUCAUUUUGUAUUCUGCGCUGCAUUCAGAAUCAUCGUCAUCGUAG